GAAAAGUUCCCGCCGUUUACACUUCAAAAAAUUGUCCGAUUCCUCCAAAAUGUCAUCCAAAAUUUCAAUGUAAAAUUUUAUUAUAAUGUACAACCGUUUACGGUUGCUUCUUCGAGGGAUUCCCCAUGUGAACAUCAAAUUCAGUGCCAAAGAAUCAACCGAAGCAACUAUUCAACUCGAAUCGCAAUUCGCACUACACAAUUUGCAAGCCGGACCAUCAGAAUCUGUUAAACUGAAGAAAGAGGAUGGCCUCCAUUAUCUCAAGGAUAUGGACGCAAUCAGACGGUUUGAAAACAGUUGCGCCCAGAUGUAUAGGGAGAAGGUGAUUCGUGGAUUUUGCCAUUUAUAUGCUGGGCAGGAAGCUGUUGGAGUUGGUAUUUUCGCAGCAAUGAGGCCCCAAGACAUUUGUAUUACUUCCUAUAGGGCACAUGGGAUGGCUUAUCUUAUGGGUGCUACCAUCGAGGAAGUUUUGUGCGAGCUGACAGGUAGAGCAAGUGGCAUAGCUAGGGGGAAGGGUGGAUCGAUGCAUAUGUAUGCUCCAAGAAUGUACGGAGGCAACGGAAUCGUAGGCUCCCACAUUCCUGUAGGUACAGGUUUGGCAUUUGCUCUUAAAUACUCUGGAAAAGACGCUGCUUCUAUAACAAUGUAUGGGGACGGUGCUGCGAAUCAAGGUCAAUGUUUCGAAUCCUUCAACCUCGCAAAACUCUUCAACCUACCGGUGGUGUAUGUUGUGGAAAAUAACCAUUUCGGGCUGGGCACGUACUACAAAAGGGUUGCGGCCAAUCCGAAAUUCUAUACAAGAUGCGAGUACAUCCCAGGGUUAUUCGUAGACGGUAUGGAUGUCUUGGCAGUUCGUGAAUCCAUGAGAUACGCCAUAGAUUUUGUCUCGAAAGGAAAUGGGCCGAUUAUUGUAGAAUGCAUGACGUACAGAUACUAUGGACACUCGAUGUCUGAUCCUGGAACCAGCUACAGGAAACGAGAAGAGAUAGAAGAGACGAGGGAGAAGAGGGACUGCCUUAAGAAAUUAAAGAAGUAUCUGAUCGAUUCAAAACUAUCUACUGCAGAGGAAAUAAAAGCUGUCGAGAAGGAAGGAAAAAAGAGGGUCGAGAAAGCCACAGAAUUUUCCAAGAAAGAUAAGUUUCCACCAGUUUCCGAACUCUAUACAGACGUAUAUGUGAAGGCUUUGGAACCGAUUCGGAAUGUUCUUCCUUACAAUCCAUUACCUCAUUUGAAUACGAAGAAAUAAGUAUGUGGCUGUCGGAAUUCCAAUGAAAAUCUCAAAUUGUCAGAGAAAUUGUUUUCUUUAUUCUCCUAAUCAUGAUGUGAAAUAAAUAUUUACUUACUC